AUGGACGCCGAAGCGCAAUACAUUCGCAUUGAAAUAAACGGAAGGCUCAAGGAGUACGAGAUAGGAGAAGAACGUUUUCGAGCAGUCGCAAAGACAUCUUACCGCGGGAUCGGCGGCAAUGUGAUGGUAUAUGAUGUGACGAAUCAGACAACCUUUGAUAGUGAGAUCAUCGUCGGGCAUUUGGACCGUUCACCUUACUCAGACAGAUAUCCUAUGAAGUUCCUUGGGAACAAAGCAGACGGAUCGGACUCACGAAUUGUUGUGGAGGAGCAAGGAGAAGCGUUAGCAGAUCAAUUGGGUAUCAAAUUAUGGAGACUCAUCAGGACGAGGGCGUAG